ACAGGAAGAGCCAGGAGCAACAAAGGCUUUUCCAACUCCUCUCUUUGCAUGUGUUGUUGUUGUGGAGGUAAACAAGAGGAGGAUAGUGAAGACUGAAGAGAGGAGUAGUACUAGUGAAUAGUGAGUGGUGAGAGGGGAGAGAGAUGGAAGUGGAGGCUCACCAUGGCUUCCUACCACCAGCAGCAGGGAGGCAGCACCUUUAUGGCCAUCCCCACUAUCAACUUUCAGGAGAUGAUGAGUGGUGGGAGUACAUCCCUUGCCCCUUCUGCUACAUUGAGGUGGAGGUUCAUUUCCUUUGUGACCAUCUCCAGGAGGAGCAUUGCUUUGACAUGAAAAAUGCUGUGUGUCCAAUCUGCGCCGACAACCUUGACAAGGACACUGAUGAACAUUUCAGGGUUCAGCACUCACAUCUACUCAAGAGGAGGAAGUCUUCUUCUUUUUCUUGCAAGCCAAGCUCAGCAGCAGCUGACAAGGGAUCAUAUGAAGAGGACUCCUACUUUGAAGCACCCUCACACUGCAUGGGCAGGCCGGCUCCUGAUUCCUCUCCUGACCCUCUUCUCUCCCAGUUCAUCUGCUGCAGCCUCGCUCCUCCGGUCGAUUCGCCGCGCCGCAGCGAAGCCGAUGCCGAGGGCCAUGGUUCAUCUUCCUCAGAUGAUCAAAAAAGGAGAGAGCAGGGUGUGAUGGAUGAUGCAUCAAAGGAGGAGCUUGAGGAGAGGUUGCAGAGAAUCGAGUUCGUGAAGCAGAUGCUGAUGACAACAAUUGCUUAUUAGAAGACUGUUUCUCUAGGGUUCAUUUCGGCAGUUUGGGUAGGCUUUUCAGGAUUUGGGACAAGUGCAGAAUGAUGUGCCAUUUAAUUUAUGCUGACCUUCGGCACAUGUAUACCUACAAUGUUUGGAUAUCUAUAUAAUCAUCAAUCGUAAUCCUAUCAAUUUAACCUUAGUUAUUAUGAUGAGAGACAACCAAGUUA